AUGGCGAUUCGGCGUUCCGCCCGCCUGCGUACCCAGGCAUCUCCCGAUAAUGAAGAACCUACUCCUCAACCAAUCGCGUCGACUCAGCUUCCAUCGGUCGAGGAACAAGAUGAGAUGCCGAGCAAUGAUCAGCCUGCCCUCCGCACGCCAGUCGCUAAAAAAACCACCCAGAAACGCCUUUUCACAAACUCGCAUCAAAAGCCCAAGGAGGCCAGAACUCCGACUAGCGCAUCUGCUGCUCGCCCAUCUGUCGAGAAAAUGCAUCCCAGCAAGGCACACCAAAGCACAACCAAGAAAGUCGAUUCCGGUCUAGUCCUUGGCUUCAACCCCAUCAAGAAAGACGCUUCUGGAAAUAUCUUGAAGGACAGCACGAUCGAUAGCACCCCCUCCAAGACCAAGCCUUCGCCUGCGCCCAGUCAAUUCGGUACACCGGGCUACGACUUCAAAUUCGGAGAAGAGACGGACCUCAGCAAUGCGGCCCAGCAGCUGAUGGAAACAAUUCGCCAGGAGGCCAAAGAAAAAAGGGCGAACAUGGGUCCGCAGGAGAAGUUGGAAUUCAAAGCUCCUCUUGAACGAAAAAUCGCAAAGCCGAAAGGCCAGGCGGGUCGAUUCAGCGACGUGCAUAUGUCUGAGUUCAAGAAAAUGGACUCGAUUGCCAAUCACGCGUCCUCUUUCCGGGCCACCCCAGGUCGCUUCCAACCUGUGACAAAGUCACUGAAGCGUACAAAGUCCAAAGCCCAGUUGGACGAACCCGAACCCCAGAACGAGUCGCCAUCACGAACCUCGUCCUCGGCAAAGCCAUCGGCCGUACCCGUUCCUACUGCUACUUCCAAGCGUGUCAAGCACAAUGAUGCCGGUGAUACAUCAGCCGGUCGCGCGGAUACUGAAGUUGUUGAGAAGAAGGAAACCGUUGCACCGAAGCCCGCUACCCCUCGGGCAAAGCCUCGCUCCGCCAUUCGAAGCUCUUUGAUGACACCAACUCGAUCGUCCAUGGCGCGCUCUUCGUCAAUUACCCUGAGCCUCAAAGCCCCCAAAACAUCUCUGAUCCCUUCUUUGGCCCGAUCUCCAUCCACCCAGGCUCUGGCCUCUCCGCGCACUCCUCGGACUGAUUUCAACCCACGAUUCAAGACAACCUUGCCGAGUUUGACCAAUCUCAAGUCCAUUCUUCGCAGACGCCAACCAUUGUUCUCUCGUAACCCAGCGAAGAUCGCCGCUGGUACUCACACGGCCGCUCCGGACUUCAAUCCUGACUUGCUUUUCGGUGGCCAAAAUGAUUCGACUGACAAUGUCACAAGUCCAUCGCCAAAGAAGCACGUUGAAUUCACUCCCAGCGUUAAAUCUCGUCACGCUUUCACCGACGCCUCUGAGACUUCUCCAUCCCGCUCCAAGAUCCCUACUACUCCAUCCCGCUCCAAGCUGUCUGAGAUCGUCUAUCCAACCCUCCCCACUCUUACUCCGGAACAUAAACAGGUGGAAAAUGAGCCCAGCACUACUCCGACCCAGUCGCCCUCUAUUCGCCACAUUCGCAAAUCAGGUGUGACCGAAUUAGAGCCUGUGUGGCCCGAAGUUCCCGUUGUGGCUCACGGGGUUUCUCAUGGCCUGAGCAACAAGAAAAGAAGUCGGGAUGAUGUUGACGAUGACGAUAACGAUACUCCCAGCACUGAGAAUACCGAAAAUGUGCCACCCGCUGGCUCCCAGCCCAACGAGCGUGGGGCGAAAAGAAUGAAGGCGAACCCGCCCACUCCCAGCCCUGUCAAGUCUCGCCCUAUGAAGACUCCCAGUCGAUCUGUCUCCUCCGUUCGAUUCGGUACGCCUGCCAGUACGAAGCAAAAACGCCCUGGCAUGCUCAGUAUCAGUCGUCUGAACAUGCUCGCCAAGCCAAAGGGACAGGCUUAA